GCUUAAGUAUAUUCUCGUAGCUCGAAGAGAGCAUUCUACCGCGGUACGUGAACGUGCGUCCAAUAGUGAUACACGUGUAUACGUUUUUUUUUUCUGCGCUUUAACAAAAUGUCCAAACACGCGUCAAAGAUUUCAGAGAAUUUCAAUGCUUAUCUCUUGUUAGAGGAUGGCACUGUGUUCCCAGGAAGACGCUUUGGUGCCGAUAUAUCCGUCGACGGUGAAAUCGUAUUUCAGACCGGUAUGGUGGGUUAUCCUGAGUCGUUAACUGACCCUUCUUACCAUGCUCAAAUUCUGGUACUUACUUAUCCUCUUGUGGGUAAUUAUGGUAUCUUCGGAGAUGAAAAGGACGAAUACGGUAUACCAUAUUGGUUCGAAUCAGAUCGAAUUUGGGCGGCCGGUCUCAUAGUCGGAGAAAUUUGCGAGACACCGAGUCAUUGGGGUCAAACAAAAAAUCUUUCGCAAUGGUUGGAAGAACAAAUUGUUCCAGGUAUAUACGAAAUCGAUACUAGAGCCCUUACAAAGAUUAUUCGUGAGAAGGGCUCUAUAUUGGGUAGAAUUGUCUUAGGACAGCCCCCUUUUUCCAGUAUUUCGCCUCUUCAAUCACCAUUGACAGAUCCCAAUAAAAGAAAUCUCGUUGCAGAGGUUUCUCGUGUAUCACCAAGGACGUACAAUCCUAAUGGAUCGCCUCGUAUAUGCGUCGUCGAUUGUGGAUUAAAAUACAAUCAAUUGAGACGUUUAUUAAAUCGAGGUGCCCGAGUGGACGUUGUCCCAUGGAAUUACGACUUGAAAACGGCCGAAUACGACGGUCUGUUCUUAAGCAAUGGACCCGGUGAUCCAAGUAUGUGCAAAACUACCAUCGAGAAUCUUUCAUCGGUCCUAACGAAUACGAAAAAAAGACCAAUUUUUGGUAUAUGUUUGGGUCACCAAUUGCUUUCGAUCGCCGCUGGUUGUACAACUUAUAAAAUGAGUUAUGGUAAUCGAGGACAUAAUCAACCUGCAACGCAUCAUGGAACAGGACGUUGCUAUAUGACUUCGCAAAAUCAUGGAUUUGCUGUAGACGCGAGUCAAUUACCUAACGAUUGGGAAGCACUUUUCACAAAUACAAAUGAUAAAAGCAACGAAGGUAUCGUUCAUUCGACGUUACCAUAUUUUUCGGUACAAUUCCAUCCGGAACAUAAUGCCGGUCCACAAGAUUUAGAAUGUCUUUUCGAUAUCUUUUUGGAGGCGGUAAUAGAGAACAUGAACGGUCAUCCCCAAAUAGCUGUGAAAGAUAGACUUAUUCAGAAAUUGAAAUUUGAGCCGUCUAAAUCGAUCGGCGAAUUUCGUCCAAAGAAAGUACUUAUUUUGGGAUCUGGAGGCCUUAGCAUCGGUCAAGCUGGUGAAUUCGAUUAUUCUGGAUCUCAAGCGAUUAAAGCAUUGCAAGAAGAAUGCAUUCAAACGCUUCUCAUCAAUCCUAAUAUUGCAACUGUGCAAACUACCAAAGGGAUGGCCGAUAAGGUUUACUUCUUACCGAUUAUUCCAGAAUACGUUGAACAAGUAAUACGUUCAGAAAGACCGGACGGUGUACUCUUAACUUUUGGCGGACAAACUGCACUCAACUGUGGCGUAGAAUUAGAAAAAUCCGGCGUCUUCGAGAAGUACAAUAUUAAAAUUUUAGGCACACCAAUCGAAUCUAUCAUACAGACGGAAGACAGAAAGAUAUUCGCAGAACGUAUCGGUGAGAUACACGAAAAAGUCGCACCAAGUGCGGCAGUAUAUUCCAUUCAAGAGGCUUUAGAAGCGGCGGAGAAACUCGGUUACCCUGUCAUGGCAAGAGCGGCAUUUUCUCUCGGUGGCCUUGGCUCAGGAUUCGCAAAUACAAAAGAAGAAUUAAAAACUCUAGCUCAACAGGCUCUUGCUCAUUCCAAUCAAUUGAUCAUAGACAAAUCUUUGAAGGGUUGGAAAGAAGUCGAGUAUGAAGUUGUACGAGACGCUUACGACAAUUGUAUCACUGUUUGUAAUAUGGAAAACGUCGAUCCUCUUGGAAUUCACACGGGAGAAUCCAUCGUUGUGGCACCAAGUCAAACCCUAUCGAAUCGAGAAUACAACAUGCUUCGAACCACGGCUAUCAACGUGAUAAGACAUUUUGGAAUCGUAGGAGAAUGUAAUAUUCAAUAUGCUUUGAAUCCGAACACCGAGGAGUAUUACAUCAUUGAAGUGAACGCUAGGCUAUCGAGAAGUUCUGCUUUGGCUAGUAAAGCAACCGGUUAUCCUCUUGCUUAUGUAGCUGCCAAGUUGGCACUGGGUAUUCCUUUGCCAGAUAUUCGCAAUUCGGUCACUGGACAAACAACCGCUUGUUUUGAGCCUAGUUUGGAUUAUUGCGUUGUGAAAAUACCGAGGUGGGAUCUCAGUAAAUUCCACAGAGUCAGUACGAAGAUCGGUAGUUCAAUGAAAAGCGUGGGAGAAGUAAUGGCGAUUGGUCGCAAGUUCGAGGAAGCCUUCCAAAAGGCUUUGAGAAUGGUCGACGAAAAUGUGAACGGUUUCGAUCCGUACAUCAAAUUUGUCAACGACGAAGAAUUAGAAAAACCAACGGACAAGAGAAUGUUUGUUCUGGCUGCAUCUAUAAAAGCUGGGUACUCUUUAGAUCGGCUUUACGAACUCACCAAGAUAGAUCGUUGGUUCCUUCAAAAAAUGAAGAACAUUAUCGAUUACUAUUCAGUUUUGGAGAGUAUCGAUCAUACGAAAUUGUCACACGAUGUGUUAUUACGUGCAAAGCAAAUUGGAUUUUCCGAUAAACAAAUAGCCACCGUAGUGAAGAGCUCUGAAUUAGCUGUACGCAUACAAAGACAAGAGAGUAAUAUCAGACCUAUGGUUAAACAGAUAGAUACGGUUGCUGCGGAAUGGCCAGCGACUACGAAUUAUCUUUAUUUGACGUACAAUGGUACUACGCAUGAUGUAGAAUUUCCUGGUGGUUAUACAAUGGUUAUAGGAUCUGGAGUAUAUAGAAUCGGUAGUUCCGUAGAAUUCGAUUGGUGCGCUGUAAGUUGUCUGCGCGAACUUCGAAAUUUGGAUCGUAAAACUAUUAUGGUAAAUUAUAAUCCGGAGACAGUAAGUACAGAUUAUGACAUGAGUGAUCGUCUAUAUUUCGAAGAGAUCUCGUUUGAAGUAGUAAUGGACAUAUACGAUUACGAGUGUCCAGAAGGAAUCAUUUUGUCCAUGGGUGGACAAUUGCCAAAUAAUAUAGCUAUGAAUCUUCACAGACAACAAGCUAGAAUACUUGGAACAUCACCGGAAUCCGUGGACGGUGCAGAAAAUCGUUUCAAAUUUUCUCGUAUGUUGGAUGGAAUAGGAAUUUCACAACCAAGAUGGAAGGAGUUAACUAAUCUUAAAUCUGCCAUUGAAUUUUGCGAAGAAGUUGGUUAUCCUUGUCUGGUACGGCCAUCUUACGUUUUAAGCGGGGCUGCUAUGAACGUUGCACACUCCAAUCAAGAUCUCGAAUCUUAUUUAAAAAGUGCCAGCGAGGUCAGUAAAGAACAUCCUGUUGUGAUAUCCAAGUUCAUUCUGGAAGCAAAGGAGAUCGAUGUCGAUGCUGUUGCUUACGAUGGCGUGAUUCUUUGCAUGGCUGUUUCCGAACACGUCGAAAACGCUGGUGUACAUUCAGGUGAUGCCACUCUCGUAACUCCACCACAAGAUAUCAAUUCAGAAACUCUGACGAAAAUCAAAUCCAUCUCCAAAGCCAUUGCUGCGUCUUUGGGAGUAACUGGUCCCUUUAACAUGCAAUUAAUCGCUAAGGACAAUGAGUUGAAAGUUAUAGAAUGCAACGUACGAGUCUCAAGAUCGUUUCCUUUCGUUUCAAAAACCUUGGAUCACGAUUUUGUCGCUAUGGCUACGCGAUUAAUAAUCGGUGAAUCAAUCGAUCCUGUUGACGUUUUAGCUGGAUGCGGAAAAGUCGGUGUAAAAGUUCCACAGUUUUCAUUCUCACGUCUCGCAGGUGCCGAUGUUAUGUUGGGUGUUGAAAUGGUAUCAACAGGAGAAGUUGCUUGCUUCGGAGAGAAUCGUUAUGAGGCUUAUCUUAAAGGAAUGAUGAGUACUGGUUUCCAUAUCCCGCAGAAAGGAAUCUUACUGUCAAUAGGAAGUUUUAAACAUAAAAUGGAAUUAUUACCUGCUAUUAGAAGUCUUCACAAAAUGGGUUACAAGUUGUACGCUAGCAUGGGCACAGCUGACUUUUAUACUGAACACGGGGUCGAGAUAGAACCAGUGCAAUGGACUUUCGAAAAUAUCGGCGUUAACGAAGACUCGAGUCCAAGCGAAUUGCGACACCUCGCUGAUUUCCUUUCGAAGAAGCAAUUCGAUCUCGUUAUUAAUUUACCAAUGAGAAACGGGGGCGCUAGGCGUGUCUCGAACUUCAUGACACACGGCUACCGUACUAGAAGAUUAGCGGUAGAUUACUCCGUUCCUCUUGUCACGGACGUAAAAUGUGCUAAACUUCUCGUCGAGGCGAUGAGAAUAUUGGGUGGCCGUGCACCGCGUAUGAAGACACACACAGAUUGCAUGUCCUCUCGAAGGAUGAUAAAGCUACCCGGUUUCAUUGACGUGCACGUGCACACUCGUGAUCCUGGUGCAAAUCAUAAAGAAGAUUUCGCUUCUUGUACAGCCGCCGCUUUGGCUGGAGGUAUCACUAUGAUAUUAGCGAUGCCCAACACCAAUCCAGCUGUCGUCGAUCAUCAGACCUUCGCCUUGGCAAAAGAACGUGCCAUAGCCGGUGCACGAUGCGAUUAUGCUCUUUUCGUGGGUGCCUCGGCGGACAACUAUAUUAUAACACCAGAAAUCGCUCCCCUCGCUGCAGGUCUUAAGAUGUACCUCAACGAAACCUUCACGACACUUCGUCUGAUUGAUCUAACCGUUUGGAUAAAGCAUUUCCAAAGCUGGCCGAAGAAAUAUCCUUUAUGUGUUCACGCCGAGGGACAAACAACGGCAGCCAUUCUUCUUUUGGCCAAUUUACACAAUAGACCAAUUCAUAUUUGUCACGUCGCUCGAAAAGAAGAAAUUCAAAUCAUAGCUGCCGCCAAGGAGAAGGGUCUUGCAGUUACUUGCGAAGUAUGUCCGCAUCAUCUUUUCCUCUGUAAAGACGAUCUUAAACGUAUAGGCGAAAAGAAGGGUCAAGUACGCCCUUCUCUGGUAUCAAAAGAGGAUCAACAAGCAUUAUGGGACAAUUUAGAUGCGAUUGAUUGCUUCGCAACAGAUCAUGCUCCUCAUACUGUACAAGAAAAAACGAGCGAAAAUGCACCUCCAGGUUUCCCAGGCUUGGAAACAAUUUUACCAUUGUUACUGAAUGCCGUACACGAAGGCAAACUUACAAUGGAAGCACUGGUCGACAAGUUUUAUAGAAAUCCAAAAAAGAUCUUCAAUAUACCAGAUCAGCCGAACACUUAUGUUGAAGUCGAUCUCGAUGACGAAUGGAUCAUACCAGAUGCUAUGCCUUUUAGCAAAGCUCAAUGGACACCCUUUGCAGGAAUGAAAAUCCGUGGAUCGGUUCAUAGAGUUGUUCUUAGAGGGGAAGUGGCUUACGUUGAAGGACAAGUUUUGGUUAACCCAGGAUUCGGUCAGGAUAUCAGAGAGAUUCAAACGAAGAUGAAACAUCCGUCAAUCGUUUAUGCACCAACGAUCGAUGUGAACGUUAGUAGACCUGGAUCAGGUUUAGAUAAUCUUUUAUCCCCUAAUAUGCAAGAUCGUAGUGGUGAAUUGGAAGAAGAACAGUUAGAACGCUAUAAUCAGUUAUUACAACCAGUCAGUCACAAAUCGAACGUUCAUUUCGCAUCGGACGUUGACCAUCCGAAACUAUUCGGAGUUCAACGAACAAUUUCACCAUUGUCUUUUAGUAGUUCCAUACGUCACAAAAGCGAUAGUAAUUUGAAUCUCCAUGUACAAUCAGCAGCAUCGAGUCACGUUAGCUGCAACUUAACCGGACAUCACAUUCUUUCGGCGGAUAUCUUCAAUAAGGACGAAUUGAAAGAGGUUUUCCAUCUCGCCGAAACCUUUCGUAACGCGAUUCGAAAGGAACGAAUGUUGGAUCACAUCUUGAGAGGUAAAAUUAUGGCCUCUAUUUUCUACGAAGCCAGUACAAGAACUUCCUGUAGUUUCGCAGCUGCGAUGGAACGACUUGGUGGGAAGGUAAUAUACAUGGAUGGUACUACGUCAUCGGUGAAAAAGGGAGAAACUCUGGAAGAUUCUGUAGCCGUAAUGGCUGGUUACGCAGACGUUGUUGUUGUUCGACAUCCAGAACCUGGUGCAGUUUCAAGAGCAUCUCAACACUGCAGAAAGCCCCUAAUAAAUGCUGGCGAUGGUGUUGGUGAACAUCCCACUCAAGCCUUAUUGGAUAUCUUCACGAUUCGUGAUGAAAUUGGUACCGUGAACGGCAUGACGAUUACGAUGGUCGGCGAUUUGAAACAUGGAAGAACCGUUCAUUCUCUCGCCAGGUUACUGACCUUGUAUAACGUAGAAUUACGAUACGUUUCUCCACCUGGACUUGAAAUGCCCGAGCACGUAAUGAAUUAUGUGUCAAAGCGUGGCGUCUCCCAGGAAAUGUUUCAAACUCUUGAAGAGGCAUUGCCAGAUACGGACGUACUUUAUAUGACACGUAUACAACGCGAACGUUUCGCAACCCAGGAAGAAUAUCGACAGGUUUGUGGUCAUUUCAUAGUGACACCGCAAUUGAUGUCGCGUGCCAAGAGGAAAAUGGUAGUCAUGCAUCCCCUUCCACGUGUCUUCGAGAUUAGUACAGAAUUCGACAUGGAUCCUCGAGCUGCGUAUUUUAGGCAAGCCGAGAAUGGCGUUUACGUUCGCAUGGCUCUCCUUGCCAUGGUUCUUGGUCGUUUCUGAUUCAUCGAGGUCACUGUCCGUUUUCAUAGACCAGCUUGUGGGUCAAGGUCAAAACGUCAAAAAAUUUCCUCAAAGAGAAGGCCAUAGGAAAUCACCCACCUGAAAUUCCAAUUAGACUGUGAUAAAGAUAGCGCGUUACAACGAAUUGUCCUAAUUUACACAUUACUGAUUUAUAUAUAUAUAUAUAUAUGUAUAUGUAUAUGUAUAUGUAUAUGUAUAUGUAUAUGUAUAUGUAUAUGUAUAUGUAUAUGUAUAUGUAUAUGUAUAUGUAUAUGUAUAUAUAUAUGUAUAUGUAUAUGUAUAUGUAUAUGUAUAUGUAUAUGUAUAUGUAUAUGUAUUACAUACAAUGUAAUAUUAUCUUGCAAUCAACAAAAUUAGAACGCUUCAGCUGAAACUGUUCCAAAAUCAUGACAAUAUUAUUCAAAAAGAUAUAUCGUUAUACUUCUAUAUCAUAGAUAUUUUAUCAUAUUUUUCUAGAGAAUAAUCAUAGAUUAUGUAUAUAAUCAUUCCAGUUAAAUGUACGUUUCAAAUUUCUAUAUUGAUUAUACGACGUUCAUAUCAAUUUAACAAGCAAAAUAAACAAGGAAUAGAAGAGAAAUUUGUCGUCAUUAAAUGAAAUUAUUUUAAUUAAUAAUAUGAUAAUCCUAAUUAAAUAUAUAUAAAAAUAAUUCUUCGAAAAACUUACCGUCAUUCUUUGUUAAACACGAAGAGAUAGUUAAUCGUGACUCAUGCCAUCUCAUGCUUCGUGUAUUAUUUUGAUUCACUGUUCAAUAUCUUAUUGCGUCAGAUACUGUCCAUGAUUUUCUUCAACGCUACGUUAGGAACGUCAGAAAAUCUCAAUCUUAUGAGGCAAGGAUAAAGAGUAUAAUAUUUAUCCGAUAUAACGUUAUCUCGGAUCGUCACGAAGGUUAUUUCAUUAUCUUCGUACCUUUGUUCCAUAUUUUUUUAUUUUAACAUCUUUAUUCUCCUUAAACAUGUAACUUCAUUUUAUCAACAUCAUAGAAUAUUUGUUUACUUCAAUUGUUUCAAUUGUUUCAAUUAUUUUGAAAUUUAAUAAAAUUAUAAGAAUAGGAUCGGAUUGAAACGAAGUAAAUACCUUUACUAGUAAAUCUUUUCGCUUUCUUUAAUAAUAAUGAUAAUACUUAUGUACACUGUUCGCACAUUUAAAUAUAUAUGUAUAUACGGACACAUAUAAAUAUAUAUAUAUAUAUAUGUACUUAUAUAUUAUAUAUACUUAUAUAAGUAUAUAUAUAUAUAAUAUAUAUAUAUAUACACACAUCAUAUAUAAAUAGGCAUUAAUCUAUAAUAGGUAAAGAUAAUGCACAAUAAUUUACAAAUACUUUUGGCAUAAGAUUAUUAUAAAAAAAAAAAUGUUCACACGAAGAACAUCUAUCGCUUUAACAAUUAAACAUGUAGGGUUUGUUGUCGUUUAAAAGGACAGAUUUUAUGUAUCGUGCUUUAUCUAUCGAUAUCGUCAUCGAUGCAAUAAAAUUUGCGACGUUAA